AUAUAAUUUCCAACAACUUGCAAGAGGAGCCAAACCCAAAAAAAAAAAGAACAGAGACAAAAAAAAAAUGGCAUCAUAUUCUACAGAGCCUACAGCUUCUAAAAUUGUUGCUAAGCUUAACUUGAAGCCACAUCCAGAAGGUGGAUUUUACUCAGAAACAUUCAGAGAUAACUCAGUUAUUCUCUCCAGAUCUCAUCUUCCAUCUACAUAUAAGGUUGAUCGACCUAUCAGUACGUGCAUCUACUUCUUGCUACCUUCUGGAAGCGCAUCUCAUCUUCAUCGGAUACCGUGUGCAGAAACAUGGCAUUUUUAUAUGGGAGAGCCACUCACAGUGAUGGAACUAAACGAGAUUGAUGGCAAGGUGAAGUUAACUUGCAUCGGACCUGAUCCCAUUGUAGAUGAUCAACUCGUGCAGUAUACAGUACCUCCGAAUGUAUGGUUUGGUGCAUUUCCCACGAGGGAUUACAACAUAUCUUCCGAUAUGCAAGUAACGAAAGCACCUACAAGAGAUGGUGAGAAGCAUUUCUCUCUAGUUGGAUGUACCUGUGCUCCAGCAUUUCAGUUUGAAGAUUUUGAAUUGGCAAAACGUUCUGAUCUUGUUUCGCGUUUUCCUGCCCACGAAUCCCUCCUCUCUUUGCUCGCCUUCCCUGAGCUGUGAACAUGCUUAUUGUGUUGUUGUUCUUUCACCACUUCCUUCCGAGGAAUAUGUACUCGGUGGUUGAUCUAGAGCAUAAUCUACGGGUUCACAGAACCUAGUAGCUUUUUCACGAACUUAGUAAAAUAUCUAUAAAUAUUUGACUGAAAUACUUACUUGUUUCUUGUUUCAUCUUAGUACUUGUGUUGUGUGUAAUUUGUUCAGAGUGGCAAUAAAAGGCAAUCAGUUAAGUUAUUUCA